ACAGCAGCAUCGCUCCAGCACGGCCGGCACCAUGUGGACCUACCUGAUCGUGACUGCGCUGACCGUCCAGCUGACGCUCGGCCAGCAAGUGCACAGAUAUAUUCGCAUCCCAGUUGCGCCAGAGCACAAGAACGAGUGCUACGAUCCAGCGGUGGACAAUUUUUACAACAUCGGCGAGGAAUGGGGUCCCAAAAACGCAAACUGCAAAAUGAGCAAGUGUGUCAAGGAGAAGGGCACCCUCUUCAUAGACCGCAUCGCAUGUAACGACGUCCGCAAAUUGGUGGACUUCAAGGACAUGCACGCGCGUCACCUGUUCUGCCGGAUCGCGGUCGGAGACAGGCGCAAGGCGUUCCCCGGCUGCUGCCAGCAGUUGGUCUGCGCCAGGCACGAGAAUGGCAAGAGAACACGCGUGAGUGCGAAUGAAUUGCCCUUAUUGCCCAGCCAGGAGACGUUUGAGUACCUGUAAGCGCUCUGUUAGCUGCCCGGGACCUUAGUCAUCCGCGAGAGCUUAUCUUUGCCCCGCCAAUAUC